CGAAAUGUUUUCAAGAAAAAGGCCAAGGAAGCCGCCGUCUCCUUUUGGAAAAGCCCCUUUGGAAAACUUCCAUCCCUGAGGACGAUACGGUAACCUUUUGGGGGGCCUCCCUGCAGGUUCGCACCCUGGCCCGGACCGAUGAAGCCCGUGGGCUGCUGUGGCUCUUGGAGGAGGAGUCCCUUCAGCCUGGGGGCAGCGAGGAGGGUCUUCUGGAGCGGCUCUUCACCCACUACGGCCCGCAGGACGGAGACCAAAAAGCCUCCUCCAACCCGCUUCUCCGGAGCAAUAAACCUCGGCAUUUCUUCCUGGGACACAGCUACGGCACCAACUGGGUGGAGUAUGACACCAGCGGCUGGCUGAGCUACGUCCGGCAAAAUCCCGCCUCCCAGAACAGCUUGGUCCUCCUCCAGGAAUCCCAGAAGAAGAUCAUCAGCAGCCUCUUUGCAGGCCGAGCCGGGGCCACCACGGUGCUCUCGGGCUCCAUCGCAGGGCUGGAGGGGGGCUCCCAGCUGGCCCUGCGCAGAGCCACCAGCAUGCGCAAGACCUUCACCAUGGGGGUGGCGGCGGUGAAGAAGAAGUCCAUGUGCAUCCAGAUCAAGCUGCAGGUGGACGCCCUGAUCGACACCCUCAAGAAGUCCAAGCUGCAUUUCGUCCACUGCUUCCUGCCCAAGGCCAACGGCUGGCGGGGAGAUGCCAAGGGGCCUUACGCCCAGCGGAUGAGCAGCAGCGAGCUGGAUUUGCACGGGGAACACUGCGAGGCCGGCCUGAUGCAGCUGGAGGUGCCCCUGCUGAGAGCCCAGAUCCGGGGAUCCCGUCUCCUCGAUGCCCUCCGGAUGUACCGCCAAGGUUACCCUGACCACAUGGCCUUCGCCGAGUUCCGCCGGCGCUUCGACGUCCUGGCUCCCCACCUGACCAAGAAGCACGGGCGCCAUUAUAUCGUCACGGACGAGAAGAGGGCUGCGGAAGAGCUGCUGCAGUCGCUAGAAUUGGAGCAGAGCUGUUACCAGAUGGGCCUCAGCCGGGUGUUCUUCCGGGCAGGGACCUUGGCUAAGCUGGAGGAGCAGCGGGACAAGCAGCUGUGCCGAAGCAUCACCCUGUUCCAGGCCGCCUGCCGGGGCUUCCUCGCCCGCCAGCACUUCAAGAAGAGGAAGGCCUUGAAAGCUGCCUCUUGCAACAGAUUCGACGGGGAGCUUUCCCAGGCCCACGAUGAGGCCCAGCGGGAGAAACUGGGACGGGAGAAACUGGGACGGGAGAAGGACAUGCUGAUCGCGGAGGUCUUCGGCCUUAAGCAGCAGCUGGAGGAGAAGGAGGCCCAGAUCGCCACCUCCACGCAGAAGGUCCAGGGCCUGGAGGCCGAGCUGCAGGACCUCUCGUGCCAGGAGUCCAAAGACGAAGCCUCCCUGGCCAAAGUCCGCAAGCAGCUCCGCGACUUGGAGGCCCGAGCCAAAGACCAGGAGGAAGAGCUGGACGAGCAGGCGGGCACCAUCCAGGUGCUGGAGCAGGCCAAACUCCGCCUGGAGAUGGAGAUGGAGAGACUGCGACAGACGCACUCCAAGGAAGUGGAGAGCCGCGAUGAAGAAGUGGAGGAGAUCCGCCAGUCGUGCCAGAAGAAGCUGAAGCAGAUGGAGCUGCAGCUGGAGGAGGCCUAUGAGGAGAGGCAGAAGGUGCUGCGGGAGAAGAGAGAGCUGGAGAACAAGCUGGUGGCCGUCAACGAUCAGGUCAGCCAGCGGGACGUCGAAGCGGAGAAGCGGCUGCGGAAGGACCUCAAGCGCACCAAGGCCCUCCUGGCCGAUGCGCAGGUGAUGCUCGACCACCUGAAGAACAACGCGCCCAGCAAGCGGGAGAUUGCCCAGCUGAAGAACCAGCUGGAAGAGUCGGAGUUCACCUGCUCGGCCGCCGUCAAAGCCCGCAAAUCCAUGGAAGUGGAGAUCGAGGAUUUGCAUCUCCAGAUUGAGGACUUCUCCAAAGCCAAAGGAGCGCUGGAGGAGCAGGUGAGCCGUUUGCAGCGGGAGAAGAACGAGGUGCAGAGCCGCCUGGAGGAAGACCAGGAGGACCUGAACGAACUCAUGAAGAAGCACAAGGCUGCCGUGGCCCAGGAGGGGAGCAGCCAUUGUUUACAGGACGUGGUGUCCAAGUACCAGAAACGCAAGAAUAAGCUUGAGGGAGACUCCGAUUCGGAGCUGGAAGACCGCGUGGACGGAGUGAAAUCGUGGCUGUCGAAAAACAAGGGCUCUUCCAAGUCGGUCUCCGAGGACGGAAGUUUGAAGAGUAGCAGACCCGCCGUGGACACGGCUGGCAAGGAGGCUAAGAAUGGGGAGGACAGGCCGGCGUCCGUCAUGAGCUCGCUGAGCUAUCGCAAGCGCGCCAACCUCAAGGACUCCAUUGGAGGGAAAGGGGACGAGGAGAGCCUCUUCUCCGCCCUGAGUGAGCGCCCGGACUCACCGGACCGCUCCUUCCGCAAGGCCACCCGUGCCUCAACGGCUGGCGGCUCGGACGAGAGUAGCUCCCUUGCCUCUUGGAAGAAGCCGCUUGGCGGAGGCCUGGACGAGCUCAGCGAGAGGGGCUCGGUCCUCUCCGAGACCAGCAGCCGCCUCCCAAAAGGGCUGGAGAAGCGCUGGUCCACCUCGGCUGCCGAAUUCGAUCGGACCUCGGUCCUCUCGGCCACGGUCAGUCAGAGUGGAGCCUCCUGGGCGGGCCUGGAAGAUGACACCCGCUCGUCACUCAGCUUGGCCCUCUCAAGCCCCGGGAGCUCCCGGCGUAGCGCUUCUCGUUUGGACGACCUCGUCCCGUCCUACGGCCGCCCGGGCUCCCGGAUCUCUUUGAGCCGUUCCCAGCUGGAUGAUACAGCCAGCCUGGCCCCGAGCGACUCCCGCUCCCUCUGCAGCCAACACUCGGCCGCGCGCAGCCUCUCGGUGCCUCCUCGGCCUCGGACGUCCGCCACAGAUGAUCUGCGCCUCAACGAAGCGGACAUCCGGCCGGUCGGCCAUCGGAGCUACCUCGACCCAGAUCUGGAGGCCGCGAUCAGCGAGGUGCUAAACUACAAGCCUGUCAAAUUCAGACGCUCCAGCCAGGACCCCGACUCAGAUGAAGAUGACCGCAGGAGUGUCCACAGUGCCAGGAGCACCACUCUGCUGGAGACCACCGAACACCCGGCCAGCAGCCUCCGCCGGUCAGCCUCGGCUUUGGACUUCUACAGGCCUGAUCAGAAAACGAAGGGUAGGAGAAGCCGGAAGCGGAGUUCGUCCAGCGACUCCUCCUCCUCCUCUUGCUCCUCUUCCUCCUCUCCCGAACGGCAGCGAAAGACCUCCAAAAAGCGUGCCAAGAAGUCCAAGAAGAAGUCCAAGAAGAAGAAGCAGCAGAGGUCCCACUCUGGUUCAUCUUCAGAGUCUUCGUCCAGUUCCACCGUCUCGUACCGCAGCGACUCCAGCAUCAAGAAGGGCCCGAAACGUUCCGAUGGGGAGAACGGCGGUGUCCCCAGAGAGGGUGGGGGUCCCGAGGCCGGGAAGUCCACCAAGCAGCUGAAGAAGGAGGAGAAGAAACGGAAGAAGCAAGUGGACAGCCUGAUGAUGAAGUACUUGUAUCGGCCGGAGAGCGACUAAAGGCAGGUGGUAGCAUGGAGUGUGCCGAGGUU